CGCCUUUGUUAACAAGCUGGGUGUAGCUCACAUUUUUGUUUAAUUCUUCUGGGCAUCUCUCUAACAAACAAGUAUUCUUUAGAGCUCAACUCAAUAAUCAAUACAAUUUUCUUAGUUUACAGAGCACAUUAUUACUUUAUGGGAUGACUUCACGAGGUCAGGGAGAUGUAUAUAUAUACAGUGUGGAAGGAGAAGGCUGAGAACCAUCUACUGAACUCAACAGAGACAGAUUUGCCCGUAACAGGCUAUACAGCUGUCUCCGCUAUGAAGGCAACAAGAAGCGUUGCCUGUCUUGGGCUUGUGCUUCUCAGCUGCCUUUCUGAUAUUGUUAUUGCUCAACGAUGGGCCUCCUGCAGCGGGUACCGGUUGUCUGAAAAAACACAGCUUGCCUGUCCCCGCAACUACGAACCCGUCUGCGGGACCAACAGCGUGACCUACCCCAAUGAGUGCUCCCUCUGCAAAGAAAUCUUCCUUAACCGAGCCAUUGACAAGAAGCAUGAUGGAAAAUGUGUUAAGCUCGACUGUACCGGCUACUGGAGAUUAAGCAGUGGUCGCGUGUUCCCCUGCACCAUGGAGUACCUGCCCAUCUGUGGCACCAAUGGCGUUACCUACAGAAACAAGUGUGACUUCUGCAAUGCUGUGGCGAAUGGACUGGACGUAAACAUGCGCAGUGUUGGAGAAUGCUUCCAGAAGAUUGACUGCAGCGAACAGAAGGGUAGCAAUCUCAUCUGCACUGCCCAAUAUAACCCCCUUUGCGGCUCCGAUGGCAAAACUUAUGGAAACAAGUGCCAGUUCUGCAAUGCAGUUUUCCGGAGCCAGGGAACUCUCUUCCUCAAA